GCUCCGAUGUUCGACCAGGCAACGAGGAUGGGGGACGCCAUGGCCGAGGAGAGGGGGCACCACUGCGGCUCCAACUCGUCGAUCGCGGAACGCAUGAUGGACUCCAAGUGCCGCGCAGAGAUCGGGAGCAAGUCUCCAGCGCACAGCAGUAGCACCACCACGGACACCCCGGGCACGUCCUCCUCCACGCCCACGUCCUCCAGCGAGGACGGCCACGACAAACUUUUAGGGGUGGACCCCGAUUACUGUCGCCGGAUUCUCGUAAGGGAUGCUAAAGGCACCAUCCGGGAGAUCGUUCUGCCCAAGGGGCUCGACCUGGACCGGCCGAAGCGCACGCGGACCUCCUUCACGGCGGAGCAGCUGUACCGGCUCGAGCUCGAGUUCCAGCGGUGUCAGUACGUGGUGGGGCGCGAAAGAACCGAGCUCGCGAGGCAGCUGAAUCUGUCUGAAACCCAGGUGAAGGUGUGGUUCCAGAACCGCCGCACCAAGCAGAAGAAGGACACCACCAAGGACUCGGACAAGCGGGGCUCCUCCACCUCCGAGUCCCUGGCCACGUGUAAUAUCCUCCGUCUGCUGGAGCAGGGCCGCCUGCUGUCGGGCCCCCACGCCCCCACCUCCAGUAACUCCAUCCUGGGGCACCUGCCGCCGCACUCCACCGGCGGCUCCCUGCUGGGCGGGGGCAUGACCACCACCACCUCGUCGGGCAUGGGCGGAGGCGUGGCCCACCCCACAACCACCCUGUCGGGGGGCGGCGGCUUCGGGCUGUCGCUUGCCUCGCUGGGCGGCAACGGGGCCCCGCCCCGCCUGGGGGUCCCGCCCCCCCACCCGCUGUGCUUCUCCAUGCCGCUGCUGGGGGGGCCGCACCACGAACUGACCUCGGCCUACGGGUGUGGCUCCUCGGCCUUUGAGCCCUACAUGCGCCUGGACAGGAAAGAGGCCGACCUGGGCGGCAAAAAGACGGUGUCCUAA